UCAGUCAGUCAUGAGGUGUCUCAUCGCGUUCACGGCUCUUCUUUUGGUCGCUCGAUUUGGUCAGGGCGUACCCGUCAAGUUUGAAGAAAAUGUCGGAAAGUCAGUUACAUUGGAAAGUGGACAAGCACCAACUGAAAAAUUCGAAUGUUUCCUUACGCAUAAUGAUAAAAUCUAUCAGAUUCAUCCAAUAAAAAAUUUGACUUUUGGACACAAAAAUUUUCACUCAGACAAGUGUUCUCUUUGGCUGACUGAUUUAAAUUUGAAACAUGCAGGACAAUGGAAUAUGACAAUUUCUUGGACCGUUGAUGGGGAAACAUUUAAAAAUACUAGAGAAUAUGAAAUACAUUUGAUCAAAGACAUUAGCACAGCAUAUCAGACAUCAUCAGGAGAUUCAAGUAACGAAUUCUUUACUUAUUUUUCAACUGAAGAAGGAACUUAUGUAACUGUUUUUCCACAAAAACAAUUUCAUGAUAUCAAAAAAUGUCUGCUUAUUCAUGAUAGAGGUUAUGCGGGUGAAGAUAUUUAUGAUUUAUUAAAUUCUACUCAAACCUCUCCAAAUAUGGAGCUUCACAGAGAAUGUGGUGUGCGUAUGCUUGUUGAUUCAUCUAAAGCUGGACACUGGUAUAUAAAACAACAAUCCGCACCAUUUUUGUAUGAAAAAUUUCAAUUUUGGAUAGAUAUAUCGAUUCAACCUUCUUAUAAGAGUCAGGAAAAUCUAUUAUGGUUGUUGGGAUCUACUGAAGAAAUAAAAGUGGAAGGCCUUUCUCAACCAACAUAUUGCAACCUUACACGGCCAGACAAAAAAACCAUUCUUAUAGAAGAUAACAGUUGUACUUAUCAUAUACCAAAAGUAAGCCGUGAUCAUGAAGGACUUUGGAUAAUCCAAUAUUUAAUUCCUGAAAAAAUCAAUCUUAUGGAGAAAAAGUUCAUGGUGGAGAUUCGCGAUCCUGAUUACGUGAAUGUUAGUAUCAGCUAUGAUACAGGAAUAAACCUAAUGUGUAAAAUGAUCAGAACAAAUUCAGAUUUUUGUGUAUUUACUAGACCUGAUGGUGUAGCAAUCAAUUUACCUCAGGGAAUAGGGAAUGAUAGAUAUGAAUAUUACGGUAAUGGAUAUAAACAAUAUUUACCCAACGAAGAAACUGAUACAGAAUGUGGACUAACAAUACGCCAACCAAUAAAUGAGGACUUUGGCGUCUGGAAAUGUUCAUUUGGGCACAGAGGCAAAAUUAUGAGUGCAUAUGUAUCUCUUGAUGAUGAAUUCAACCCCAAUUACAUUCUUCCAUCAGAGAAUAUUUAUGCAAAACGUGGUGAUGAUUUUAAGAUAAAAUGCCAAACAUUCACACAAUUGGACUAUUGUUGGCUACUAAGUCCUAAUGGCACAAUUUAUUCAGUAUCAAAGAAUAAAAAUUCAGAUAACACUCUAACUUAUGAAGGAGAAGGUUUAAAUGUUGGAGUAUGUGGUGCUAAAGUCGAAAAUGCGAGUGAUGCACAUGUAGGUAAUUGGAGCUGUCGGAUGGGAACUAUAGAUGGUAUUGAAAAAGAAGUUCCAGUUCUGGUAACAGUUACAGAGUCUUAUAUGUAUCCAAAUCAAAGCAUAAUUAAUAUAACAAGUUCUGAUGCCAAGAUCAAACUUGGUUGUAACGUUUUACCUCAGAAAGAAGCUACAAUCAGAUAUUGUCGUUGGGUUCGUCCAGAUGGAUAUGGAAUUCAUAAGGAAGAAUCAGCUCAAUACUCAACUUCACAGGGAGUGAGAGCUUGUUCAUUAGAGAUAAGAGAAUAUAACGAACUCAAUAUUGGAAAGUGGUCCUGCUACGCUCGUUUGUCAGAUGAUUUAGGCAUUGAAGUAUUUGCAACGAUGGAAAUUAAUCAGAAAGAUAAGUAUAGAAGCUUUUUGGAAAGUGUAUCAACUGCUACACUUAGUAUAGUGAUCAUUUGUUUAGUUACGAUAAUACCUGUUAUGUUUUUCAUUGCUGGAUUCAUUUUAUACCGGAAAAAAACAUGUCUUAGACGUCAAAUCAAUAAUAUUGAUUAUAACAUCAAUGAAAUUGAUGUUCAAAUUACACAAGAAAAACCAAAAGUUGAUUUUUCUCAUUAACUAUUUUAUUAAUAUUAAUCAAUAGUAGUCUAAAAUCAAUGCUUUGAUGAUUCAUUUAGAAGCUACUAUAUUCCAUUAUACAACAAUGGAUAUUUUGAAUAAAUAUUAUUGUUAAAUUUAUAGUGCAUUGUUGUAAAACUGAAAAUAAAUGCAAUUGCAAAUAAACAAAAGAAAUGAUAGAGAAGAAUUAAUUUGGAAA